AUGGGAUUUCUUCAAGAAAUGGAUGCCAAUCUUAGCUCGAAACUCCAAGACUCGGUCACGUUUCUUCCUCUCAAAGACAUAAGGUUUGCUAAGACUGCAGUGGAGGGGAACACAUGGUUUAUCAACUCUUUGAGUGACACAUAUGAAGAAAAUGAAUCCCAGUAUCUCUAUUUCCCCUUAGAAGCAUCCAAGAGAAGGUUGCUGUGCCUCAAAGGGAAUGACAAAAGAGAUGGCACCAAAAACUCAUAUGCCUUAGCAUGGCCUGAAGGUCUACAAAACUCAACCACACUCUUGAAGGGCCUCAAUUUUGUGUCUGAUACAUUCUAUGACCAUAAAAACUUGUGGCAUGGGCUCACUGCAAUGUUUCCUUUUGUGGGUUGGUCUAUGAAAAAUGGAUGCUCAAAGCCAUCAAGGUUGGUGCCAGUUGAAGUAUUUGAAAAAGGAGAUGAUGAGCCUUAUUGUUUUGAGAAGGCAGUUGUGAUGAGGCACAAUGUUGGAAAAAUAGGGAAGCACAGGAAGCUUCAGGUCUCUGACUUGUUGAGAUGUAAAGCAAGAGAAUUUUGUGGCAUAAACCCUGCAGGUAGGGGGAAGGAGGUGAAUGUGAGAGGUCAGCCAAGUAUAAGGUUGACAUUGCUGAUGAGGAGAGGUUCAAGAUCAUUCAAGGAUCCAACGGUUGGGAUUAAUGUAUUCUCAAGGCAGUGUGCAAUCGUGGAUGGGUGCAUGUUAGAGGUGGUUCAGUCUGAAGAUCUGAAUUUCUACAUCCUUGCAUCCCCACAUGGAGCACAGCUAACAAACAUGCUCUUCACGGAUAGAAACAGUAUCAUAAUGGAGUUUUUCCCCAACGGAUGGUUGAAGCUUGACGGGGUCGGCCAGAAUGUUUAUCAUUGGAUGGCAGACCAAUCCGGCAUGAAGCACAUAUGUGCAUGGUGGGACCCCCACACCGAGAAGGAAUGCCCAGACCCUUAA